GUGGAGUAUAUAGAAAAAAGUAAGUCAAACCAAGCAGGCUUUACCAAACUACAAAUAAUCAAAAUCCCACUAUUAAAAGUCAAAUUUAAGUUCUAUGUUGUUUAGGUUUCAUAAUUCUCUGAACUCCAAGAUUUUUGGAAGACGAUCUCUGUCCAAAGAUGCAACCUAUAAGAGUUUCUUAGAGUUCUAUCGGAAUAUCGGCAAACGAAAUAUGUCUGACGAUCGGAAGGCUAUCACCCGUGUUCUUUUUUGCGGGCCUCACUUUCCAGCUUCACAUAACUACACUAAAGAAUAUUUGAAGAGCUAUCCGUUUAUCCAGGUUGACGAUCUUCCAUUUGAUACUAUACCUGAUGUUAUCGGUAAGUAUGAUAUGUGCGUGGUAAAAAGCAUGCGGCUUACAUCAGAUCUUAUUGCUCGGGCGACCCAAAUGAAGCUUAUAAUGCAAUAUGGUGUUGGCUUAGAAGGUGUUGAUAUAGCUGCUGCUACAAACCUUGGAAUUAAAGUUGCUAGAAUUCCUAGUGGUGAAACAGGAAAUGCUGCCUCAUGUGCUGAAAUGGCCAUUUAUUUCAUGUUAGGUCUUCUUCGUAAGCAGAAUGAGAUGCAAAUUGCUGUGAGGCAGAAGAAAGUUGGAGAACCAGUUGGCGAUACAUUGCUCGGAAAAACAGUUUUCAUUAUGGGCUUUGGAAAUAUUGGCAUUGAAUUGGCAAAGCGUCUUCGUCCUUUUGGAGUUAGGAUUCUUGCUACAAAACGCAGUUGGCCCUCGUAUGUUCCAAAUACGUUCAGUCCUACCGAACCAACAUCUCAAAACGGCACACAUGAGGAUUUGGUUGAUGAGAAAGGUUCUCAUGAUGAUAUAUAUGAGUUUGCAAAGAUAUCUGACAUAGUUGUCUGCUGCUUGACGAUGAACAGGGAAACUGCCGGUGUUAUAAACAAAAAUUUCAUUUCUUCAAUGAGAAAGGGUGGACUACUGGUCAACAUCGCUCGAGGUGGUCUCUUGGAUUAUGAGGCUAUUCAUAAUGGUCUUAAGUCGGGUCAUUUGGGAGGCCUUGGGAUUGAUGUCGCAUGGACAGAGCCUUUUGAUCCAGAUGAUCCAGUGUUGAAGUUCCCAAAUGUACUUCUCACACCUCAUGUUGCAGGCGUUACGGAACAUUCAUAUAGAUCCAUGGCCAAGGUAGUUGGUGAUGUUGCCCUUCAACUCCAUUCAGGAAAACCUUUGACAGGGAUAGAGUAUGUCAACUAAUGUUACCCGGUUAGCGAUUGAUUGAAUGUCAAUAUAACAUUUUGCAACCUAGUUAUCGUUCUUAUUCUUGCACAAGAAGAAUUACUUGGACCAUUCAGUAUCUUGAAUUCAGUUGUUUUGAUAAUUCAUGUCUAGACGGUGGCUAUCUAUAUCUGUUUCCAUUUUCCAUAACAUAUAACAUUCUUCAUCAUUAUUCCAACAA